CCUCCGAUUCACAGCAUCCCCUUCACGUCCUCUCUUUCUGAUCACCCGUCUCAAAGUACACGCUGGAGCACUCGGACAAUACGAUGGAGUAGCAUGACUUUGUCCUUUCUUUCCUUUGAUGGAUUUGCACUUCAUUUGGAAUAUACUUUAAUCACACGAUUGAGGAUCUCCGACUGAGACACCAUGGCUUCUGACAACACACAGCGCAGUUACUCCAUCAUCCCAUGUUUCAUCUUCGUAGAGCUGGUGAUAAUGGCAGGGACCGUCCUAAUGGCCUACUACUUUGAGCUGACCGACACGUUCGGCGUCCACGUCCAGGGGUUCUUCUGCAACGAUGCUGACCUGAUGAAGCCGUACCCCGGGGUGGACGAGAGCAGCUUCAUCCCUCCCCUCAUCCUCUACUGCGUGGUCGCCGCCACUCCCACCAUCAUCAUCUUCAUCGGGGAGGUAUCCAUGUACAUGAUGAAGUCCACACGGGCGGUGCUACUAUCCCAGGAGAAGACCAUCUUGACGGGGGAGUGCUGCUAUCUGAACCCCCUUAUCAGGAGAAUCGUCAGGUUUAUUGGUGUGUUUGCAUUCGGCCUUUUUGCAACAGACAUCUUUGUGAACGCUGGCCAGGUAGUGACAGGUAACCUGGCGCCGUACUUCCUGUCUGUGUGUAAGCCCAACUACACCGGCACCGAGUGUCGCUUCAACCACCAGUUCAUCUCCAACGGUAACAUCUGUACCGGCAGCCCGGUCGUCGUGGAGAAGGCUCGACGCUCCUUCCCUUCCAAAGACGCGUCGCUCAGCGUCUACUCAGCUGUCUACGUCACGAUGUACAUCACUAGCACCAUAAAGACUAAGAGUAGUCGCCUGGCCAAACCGGUGCUGUGCCUGGGUACCCUGUGUACAGCAUUCCUCACCGGGCUCAACCGGGUCUCGGAGUACCGGAACCACUGUUCUGAUGUCAUCGCUGGGUUUGUCCUGGGCAGCUCUAUCGCUCUCUUCCUGGGUAUCUGUGUGGUGAACAACUUUAAAGGAGCCCACUCGACUGCCACCAAGCAGAAGACUGAAGAUUACCGUGGUCUUCCUCUAAUGACCUUCCCCCGCGUCCAGAGCCCCCUGGAGACACUCAGCGCACAGAACCAUUCGGCAUCGAUGACCGAGGUCACAUGACUAGCGGGGACCGAGGGGGGUCAACACCGGGUCACCUUUGCGUCUCCUCAACACAACUUCUAGGCACAAUUAUGUUUUGUACUGUGUCAUACUACUACUGUAACAAACAAAAAAAGGACAGUAUUCUGGUGUAUGUAACUAGUUAGAGGCCGAUGAUUUGUACAUUUUGUAUAAGGGAGUACGUGCUGUAGCUUACCCUAACCCUGAAGAUGUUACUACUGUAGGUCUGAACUAGGGUUGCAAAAGUCGCGUAACUUUCCAAAAAUAUCCAGGUUUUCCACAAUAGAAGAUUCCCGGAAUCGGUGUGUGAAUUAGCAGGAAAUCCAGGAACCCUUCUACUGGGAUUUCUGGAAAGUCUGGGCAUGCUGGGAAAAUUAUCGGAAUGUUUCACCCCUAGUCUGAUUUGUGUCAGGACUUCCUCCUCUCUCUCUCUCUCUCUCUCUCUCUCUCUCUCUCUCUCUCUCUCUCUCUCUCUCUCUCUCUCUCUCUCUCAUCAUGUUUUACAUUGUGUCAGGACUUACUUACGCAUUCAUUCCUCCUCUCUAUAGUCAUGUUUUAUAUCACAAAGGAAAUAUAAUAUACGGUAUACAGUCUAUCUAAUGUUAUUGAAAUAUUGAUGUCGUUCUGUGGUAUUUGUACAAAUUCCUCACUCUAUUCUGUUAGUCUGUACAUUUAUUGACUAAAUUCUUAUUUUGUAUUAUUAUUUGUUAUCUCUGUAUAAAACAUUUGGACCGAUUUGUUUUGUUUUCUUUUAUAUACAUAUAUACAUGUAUUUAUUUAUUGCCUGCUGAUUUUUUUCAGGAAUGUAUUUGUUAUUCGUGUUGUUUAGGGGAAAACAACAUCCCAUUGGACUAUGACACAGUGUGGUAUUAUUGUGUUUUGUCUUCUCCAUCCAGAAACUGCCAUUCUCUCAGCAUGGAAGUACACAGUUGAACUAUUUGAAUAAAUAUUCCCGAUUUGUAUAGUCUUUCUUUAAAAAAAUAAAUAAUAAUAAUUUCUUUUGAAAUGCUGCAUAUAUUUUUUUCUUGAUUUGUCCAAAUAAUAAAUAGUUAGCAGAGUA